UUUUAUGUGGGGUUUUAAACAUAGCCAAUGCACUUUCUUUUAUUUAGGGUGUGAAAUACAAUAUGUUAUGCUUGAAUAUAUUUGAUUUGAUUGAUAUUGACAUUUAUUUUGCAGGAAAGCUAUUUAAAUAUUGGUCAUCGAACGUUUUUGUUGGUCUGGACAAUGGAUCCUGUAGAAGCUCGUCAAUUCGUGUACCUGUGAACGCGGUUUAGUGCUGGAACAACAGGGAAAGGACGCAGCCGAUAAUGACCGCCUUUAUCUUCCUACAUUUAUAUCAUUUACUGAAUCCAAUUGUGACAGAGACCAGUCCCUCCUUCACGGUUUGUCAGGAAGGUUCAUGUGUGUGAGCGAUAGAUAACACGGGUGUGUAUGGCACAUGUCAAGUCCGGGUUGAUAUGAAGUAAGACACACCAGGAAUGGAAACACGGCGAGGAGAAAACACAAUCAUGGCAGACAUAGACACGUCAUCACAGACUGGAGGCUAUGAUGUGGAUAUGUUUGUGGACACACCAGACUAUGAUCUCAUGUGCACCAUAUGCCAAGGGGUUCUCCGGUCUCCGGUGAGAGCUGCAUGUCACCACAUCUUCUGCAAGAAAUGCAUUUUACAGUGGCUCAAAAGGCAGGAAACCUGUCCAUGCUGCAGAAAGCCCGUAAACCCGAACUUAAUCUUUGUCAUGUUUAAACUAAGUAAAUCUAUUGGACGCAUGAAGAUUAAGUGUAAGAAUGAGAUCCGUGGAUGUGCUGAGACUUUUCCACUGUCGGAGCAAUACUGCCACAGCAUGAGCUGUUUGUAUGAGCUGAUCCAAUGCCCUUAUCAAGGCUGCCGUGCACAGCUCUUGCGCAGGGACCUGGAUACUCAUGCUCGCCAUUGUGAACACUGGAGACAGCCCUGCCACAUGGGCUGUGGAACCAUACUCUCCCACAGCACACAAGCACAACACAAUUGUUACAAACAGCUGAGGCAGGAAUAUGAGGCCCGGCAGAGGAACUACAGAGCUAUUGCUACUGCCCUCCAGAGGAAGAUGAAGAGGAUGCAGAGUACCAUGGCCCACAUGAAGAGGCAGAUUGGCCUCAUUUGUGAGGGUCUAGAGGUGAUGGACGAGCAGCCAGAGGUAGAGGAAGACGACCCUGGAGAAAGCAGUGGCAGCACUGAGACCACUGGGAACAUCAUCAACUGCUAAGCCAUAUUGUGCUGCUGCUUUGUGUACUUUCUUUAUGUAUAGACUACAUAUUUUGGAAAGUGUUAAAUAUAUAGAGUAUGUGCACAUGACUUUCGAUGAUUUAAUUUUUAAUAAAGAAGGCAAAGCCUGUUGUUCUUGAGGUC